GAGAUAUUUUGCCAUGCCAUGCAAGGGGGCUUGCGAGGAGGAGUGCGCACAUAGCGGCAGUGCACUUGAGGCUACACUAGGGGCGGAGACCUCCCAAGUCUCCAAACAUCACUAAUCCGCGUCGGACACUCUGGCCACAAACCAUCACUGGCCUCGUUUAUCACUCACACACCGACGCGGGGAGGGGGGAAAGAGAAGGGAUGGGUAGGAGGGGGGGUGGGCGUGGGGGAAUUUUAAGCGAAAUUAAAGUGUCCCGGGCACCAAGCAGAGGGUUGAGACUGCAGCCCUGCGUGUCGGAGGGAUUGCCAAUGGUGCACUAUGACAGAUAGCGCUGCACGUAUCUGCAGCAGGCGCCUGUCUUACUCCUAGCCCCGCGCUGGAUUCACAGAAUUUGGCGCAAAAAAAAAGGAAAGGAAAAAAAGAGAAAAAGAACCGAUUGGAUUCUUGCACCGGUAUCCCACCUUGGAGGUCCUGCAUUGCAAUUUUGGUUUCAAAGACCCAUCGCCUUUCAAUGUGUGGAGGCGCAUGUAUGAAGAUGCCCUGUGGCUGAGGCAGAGAAUGUUUUCAACCAAGCGCUCGGCAGGAGUGUGGUGAUGAGAUGGAUGGAGCCAAAGACCAACCAGCUCCCACAUCCCAGCAUGUCCAAUGGCAGCAAGUCCCCCCCGCAGUCGGCAGAAGCUGCAGGCUCUAACUCCAUGGCAUGGGUGAAGAUGUUUAAGAAGCCUGGAGGAGGAGGAGGCCUGAAGAAGUCUUACCAGCCGGGCAGCAUGUUAUCUCUGGCUCUCACCAAGGGCCUCCUGAACGAACCUGGGCAGAAUAGCUGCUUCUUGAACAGUGCUGUUCAGGUCCUUUGGCAGCUGGACAUUUUCAGGAGAAGUCUGAGACACCUCUCAGGGCACUUUUGUCUGGGCGAUUCCUGCAUUUUCUGCGCAUUGAAGAGCAUAUUUUGCCAGUUCCAGCAGAGUCGUGAGCGUGUGCUACCAUCAGACAGUCUGCGUAAUGCCCUCGCCGAAACCUUCAAAGACGAACAACGCUUCCAACUCGGCCUCAUGGAUGACGCUGCCGAGUGCUUCGAGAAUAUCCUGGAUCGCAUUCAUCUGCACAUCGUCUCAGACACGGCCACCGACUCUUGCAGCUCCAAAUCCUGCAUCACCCAUCAGAAAUUUGCCAUGAUGCUUUAUGAGCAAUUUGUGUGUCGCUGUUGCGGUGCGUCGUCGGACCCCCACCCUUUCACAGAGUUGGUACACUAUGUUUCAACCACUGCUCUAUGCCAACAGGUGGACCGCACAAUGGCAAAGACCGAGCGUCUCAGGUCAGACAUGUUUGGAGAAUUGCUGCAGGCGGCAAACAACACGGGCGACCUGCGUAGCUGCCCCAGAAAUUGCGGUCAAAGCAUCAAGAUCCGUCGGGUGCUCAUGAACUGUCCGGAGAUAGUCACCAUCGGAUUCGUAUGGGACGCAGAGCAAUCUGAUCUGACGGACGAUGUCAUCCGCUCACUCGGCCCGCGCUUGAACUUGUGUGGUCUUUUCAACCGUGUCACUGAUGAAAACGCCAAGCGCAGCGAACUCCAUCUCGUGGGAAUGAUUUGUUUCUCCAGCAAACACUAUUCGGCCUUCGCCUAUCACACCAAAUCUUCCAAAUGGAUGUUUUUUGAUGAUGCCACUGUAAAAGAGAUUGGCUCUAAAUGGAAGGAUGUGGCUUCUAAAUGCGUCAGGGGACAUUUUCAGCCACUUCUUCUGUUUUACACUAAUCCCGAGGGGACGCCUGUGUCUAACGAGGAUGCACCAAGGCAGACCACCAUGUGUCCUCGAUACAAAGGUCACGUCAAUGGUGAGACGACGGUGAAAAAUCCCCUCAGUCAAAACCGAUUCCAGGAAGCUUUUAUGGAGAAUUUUCUGAGAGUCGGUGACACUACAAAAAAGGACCGUGUGAACACGAGAAUCGACGCCUCCCAAGCCAGAGACAUGACCCACACAAGAUCCUCGUCUCCCCCUGAGAAUGGACCAAGGGAGCAGAAGUGUAAAAGCUACGCCCGCAAUGAGAAGUCAGCCAGCCAUUCGGGCAGACCAUGUCGGGAGGCACGUGGGCAGUUCCGACCCACACAAGCCGCAGGGCACGGCAGGAAAAGCCAUCUCUCGCCCGGUCGUUCCGAUCAGGACAGCCCCCAGGAUCAGUGGGAAAACGGGGGGAGUGCUGGAAGUCGAAAUAAGUGCAAAUCCACCUGGAGACCCGUUCGUGAGGUGCUAAACGUGGACACUGUACUCAACGAACUCGAGCAGCGUCGUCAACAGCAACACGACAGCCCUCGAUGCGCCAAGACUGAACGGGCCCACGCCGAACAAAGUAGGGAGCGCGAGCGGGAGUACGCACGGACCACCAGGGAGGAUCGCAAGCAGAAGUGUUUGAUGACCAUUUACGAGGAUGAGCAGCGUCACGAGACGGAGAGCCACAGCUCCGUGGAGUCGGACAGCAGGGUCACCCAGCAGAGGGGUGGCGGCAGGUUAACGGGGGGCGCCAAGACGCUUCUGCGCAGUGACACCUGGACCAUCCAGAGAACCGAGUCUGGGUACGAGAGCAGCGACCGCCUCAGCAGCGGAUCCACCAAUCCUGACUCGCCAGGCGUCGACGGCUUUGUAGUCAAAGAGCAGAGGUCCACAACGGAAACCCAGUUCCAAAGCCAGCUUCACGAAAAGGCAGGUGAUGCAAAAUCCAGCGUAAUGUCCUCACCGUCACACAAUGGUAAACAUCAGGCUAAACCUCAGGGAAAGAACCAUGACCAGGUUUCACAUUCACAUCUUAAGUGCAGUCCAGGUUCAAGGCGCAAAUCUAAGUACACGUCCAGUACUUGCAGAAAACCUUGCGAGCGGGAGUGCGUGGCCGCGGAUAACAGGCAGAGUGAGCAGCAGGAGCUGACAAGCGGUCGAGGCCACGUGGGGGAGUGCGCGGCCUCCAGGCAUGUCACCAAGACCAGCAGCUCCGAGUGGAACAGCUCAGACGACCUCGCCCUGUCCGAGCUCGAGGACAGAGACUCUUAUCGCUCCAGCGAUGCCGCCGCCUCCGACCCACAGUGUCCUCACGCCCCCCUGGCGUACCGCUACCCCGCCGGCAAUGCCGCCGCUGAGCCUCAGCGCCAGCUCGACACCUCGGGUUCAGCCUCGCCUCACCUUCGACCCGGCCAACGACUCUCCCCUCAUCAGAGCGAAACGAGCGACGCCGUGUUCCGCCCCAGGAUGCUCGAAGAACACUUCCAGGCCAGCCCUCGCCACAGGAAGCCCGACAUCUCCGGCUUGCGGACCUUCUCGGACGCCAGUUCCAAGUCGGGCUCGGACCCAGAGAGGAGCACGCCGUCGUCAUGCGAGAGCGACGACAGACUGGCGGCGGGUUACCGAGCGGAGCAGGCGCCUCACACUCAGGAGGUUUCUCUCACCACAUACUUCAACGUGGACAAUUGCAUGACAGAAACAUACCGUCUCAAGUACCACAACCAGCGGCCUCUGCUGCUGUCGGCCACCGUGCCGCGAGCCGUGGGCCCGUCUGAGCGCAGGGACGCCUCGCACACCCUCCCUACUGACACGCAAGAUGUGUCAAAAGCCAAACCUGAAUCAAGCAAUACAAGCAAUAAUCCCACCGCGAAAUGGAACCCAGUAAGCGCCAAAGGUCUGGAUGAACGAGGCUUUUUAUGAGUCUACUCUUUUUUUUUGUUUUUGUUUUUCUUUUUUUACAUGCAUCAACUGUGCGGUCAUAUGAGAUUGAAAAUGGAUGCCAAAGAGUUUACAGAGGUUUGAAAUAGACUAUGUGGACAAAAGUGUUGGCACACCAUGUUGAUAACACCUGCGGGCAGUGAAAAUGUGCUGCUAUAAGGCAUCGGGAGGGGGGGGGGGGGUCAAUAUGUUUGUUGGACCUGGCUACAAUUAUUGUCCUAAAUGUUGUUGAUCUCAAAUUCACACUCACCCAAGCAUGCCUUUCUGGUUCUUGCCUUUCCAUCAUAUCGGUUCCCUCCAAACCUAGAAUUGUCCAAAAUGUCUUCUUUAAGGAAGGGUACUCACCAACAAGUUCAUCAGAGGCAGGAAACCAACACUUUUUUUCGUUGAUAUGUGCGUUGACUCAAACAUCCAAAACUUUAAAACAUCACUCGAGACGUAAAAAUCGGUAUAGUGUGUGUAACUCAAUUCAGAUGAAUUAUGAUUCAAGAAGAGAACAACAACCCCCGAUUGUUUAAUUCAUCCAUCGUGAGGUGUGUCCAAAUCAUUUUUGUCCAUCCCAGAGUGAAAUUUCCAUCCUGAGUGGAAUUUAUGGCUGCAAGCAUAUCAUCAUAAGUGUAGCCUUGUUUCAAGAUGAAAGAUGUUAUUGUUUCAGGCAUUAUUAACGCUCUCUUUUGCACACACACGCACUUGUCUUCCACAAGUUCUGGACAGUUUUGCACUGAAUCCUAUUUUAGACACGUUAUGCAUAAUUUGAUAAACAAAAUUUGUGUUGUAAUAGCCCUCAGAAGUGGAUCAGAACACUGCUGGUCCAUUUCGAUACAAACUUGUUAUACAAUUGUCUUGACACGGCAGCAUGAUGUCAUGUGUUCCCACCGAAGAGGCUUACAUCAUCAACGCUGAAGGCAGUUAUCUUACAUAUUGAAUGAAUACUACACUGUGAAGGCACCCCGGCAUGUUCAACGUUAUCAGAUUUUAUGACGACGCCUUCAUACACGAUCAGAAUAGACUGUGAUUUAAGUGUUGAUCUGUGAUUAACACAGAAAAAUAGAAAGUUUAACAUUGCGAAAUUAGCCAUUUGAUGAGGGAUAGCGCGAUUAACAGGAGGAUAAUAGCAAAUAUGACCAUCAGUUCUAAAGGAGACUUAAAAUAAGUGAGACAAUGGCUUGUAAGACAGCCUACUAGAACAUCUGAACUUCAUUUGGAGGUUUUUUUUUUUACUUUUACUUUUACUUGAAGACACAAGUCAAGACAGCAAGAGCCAUAAAUGCAGUCAAAUGCUGCUUACGUUCACAAUGAUAGCACUUUGAACUCCCAAAAUAAAGCAAAAAGUUAAGUUUUUGUGAAUCAUCUGAAAUUAAAGUGGCGUCGACAAUACGCUUACAUUGAUUGUUGUAAUUCUCAUGGUCUAUGAUGGCAAACUCGUAAACAUUGGCCAAAUCCUUCUGCAGGUCACAUUCGGACAUACGCCCUUAGUACUUAGUCCAAACUGGUGCCACUUAUUGCUUCUUUUAAUGACCUGCCAAGUGUUAAUGAGUGACAGAAGCUUAUGCAAAUGCAUCGUUAAUGAUUUUUUUUUCUUUUUUAGUGCCGCCAAUGAUAUUUGAAGCAAUUAAAAGCAGAUUUAAAGGCCUCCCAAGUGGGGAUACGUACACAUAAGUUGCAUGCCAGCCGCCCACAAACGAUUCAGCCUAUUUUGUGUUUGACUCUCAAUUCUUCUCCCAAUCCUCACAUAUUAAAUGCUACUACUUAUGGUUUCGGUGUGAAGAUGUUGGCUGAAUGGUACCAAUGAAAUUCAGAUGCCAAUCCGACAUCACGCUGGGAUAAAAGUCCCACAAUGUCCCCCAAAUUCCCCCCCAAACGUGCAUGUGGCCUUUACCAAGUCUUUCUAGCUUGCUUGUUACAGCAGAAGCAUGAGCAUGACAAUAGUCCAAAACAACAUAAACUAUCCAAUAUUUAUUGAAACGUAUUAAUCCGAUUGAUGUUUGUAAGUCAAACCGUUUUGGGGGUUUUUUUGUUUUGUUUGUUUGUUUGUUAUUUUUAAACACUUGAAUGUUCUGAUUCUCUUGUUUAUCCGAAUGCAUCUGUUGUAAAUAUGAACGUACGAAGCAAAUAAUAGACUUCGAAACUGUCCGGAGUUAUACUAUGCAUUAAGUUGAUAUGGUUAUUUUGACAUAUGUUAAAAUGUUGUCAGAUCUGUAGCAUCCCAAAACGUAUGUAAAAAUAAUAUACGUGUGGAUGCAUCAUCACAUACACCUGUACACAUUAUUAUUAAGAUUUAUACUUUAUUUUACUUACUUAGCUUUAUAAAGGACCUUUCAAGGGGACCCAAUAACUCAUGGCCGUAAUUAAAAAAAAUAAAAAAAUACAAUGCCAGACCAAGUUUUUACAAAUAUAAUAACGUCUGUUUUGAUUGACACAGUAGCUGAAUUAUUCAUUUCAUAAUAUUUUGUUAUUGUGGUUGUUUGCUGUGUUAUUGAACUAUCGACAUUUAAAUUUGUAAACGUUUAAAAAAAUGUUCCAAACAAAAUUACACCCAAAAAUGUUGGCAUUAUUCUAGUUAGUAAGGAGGCGUUUGCAUUCUUGAAACUGCUCGUAAGAUUUGAAUGUAGCCUUUCUUGACUAAUCCCCGCCCUCGACCACAGCCACGCCCCUCACUAACAUGCUCGAGCGCAAUUCUCAAGCAUGGCCAUUCAGAAUGUAUGUCCGGCUGCUGCAAAAUUGCAGCAGUAGCAAUGCUAAACUAGCAUUAGCACUGUAAACAAUCUGACUUUAGCCGCAGCUGCUAUGUUUGUCAUUCGUAAUGGAGUUUUAAGACAAGACUAUUUGUUAUAUGUGUGAACUUUUAUUUUGUUUUGAAAAGAUAUUUUAAAAAAAGACCCGUCGUGCCGAAAUGUUGCUCAGUCUGCAUCCUGCUGAAUCCCGAAAUGUUGCUCAUUCUGCAUCCUGCUGAAUCCUCUCACUGCCUGAGUUAUUUUUCCUGUGCUCUUGUUUGCUAGUCUUGUGCCUAGUUGUUGGCAAAUAUGUUCUCAUUUUGGGGGUUGGAUAUUGUGCCAUAGUUUCAGCAAAGCUCCUGAGGGCCAAGGUAAAGAGGUCAGCACGAGGCCAUGGGGGCAUGAAUGUUUUUCCGAAACAUCAUAGCAAUAAAUUACAACGCAUGGUAAAAUCCGUCUUGCGCAAGCUUAUAUAGCUAAAAAAUAAUAAUAAUAAUAAAUGAAAAUCUCUGAAAAAACCUGAUGUGCUACCAAAAAAAAGGCAUUUUUGAAAUGAGCAUCAAAAAUACAUUUAGGGAUUCAAAUUUGCUGCUGACCAAUGUUCAGCUAUUUGGCUAAUGAUACUGCGUGUAUAUUAUGAUGAAUGUUGACGCUGUUUAAAAUGACACAAUAUCAAUCGUCGGCAAUGACUGAAGAAAAAAAAAGGUGAUACACAACAACAACCACACUAAUAAACAUAUUAUUAAAUGGACUAAACAUGUUGACGGAAUAAUGAGACCUCCUUGAAAAUGACAUGCUGCAUCUCAAGAAUUUAUCAAAUUUAUAUUGAAUUACUUUACAGGUGUAGCAAAUGUUUUGUCCUGUGUAGUGCUUCUUCAUUUCUUCAAGUAUUUUGAAGACAAACCUCAUCCCUGGUCUGUACCUUAUCAUGCCAUAAUACUAUAUUGUACAGUUACUACAAUUAUUUGAUGGUGUAUAUUUCAUUUUAGAUGUGUCACACCAUAUAAAUGUGCCCCAGCCCUCCCAAUCACCUAAAGAGAGUGUGCGACAUGACUCAAGGAUGCCUUCAAGCGAGUUGAUUGUGCUGUUGUGCUUAUACUAAUGGAUGGAUUGUUCCUUUGUGUUGUUUUAGUGGAUUAUUCGAGCCAUUGUUAGGCACACUGAUAACGAGCACCUUUAUGACAUUUUAUUUUUUUCCUUUCAAAUUCCUUCCACUCUGUACAGAAUCCGAUUCCAUUUUCUCGUAUUGUACACUGGGCGUGUCUUCCGUUGCAUCACGAGUGCCUUGACAUUUUUAUGAGUGACACCACGUUUGUUGGUGUGGAGGCCCCGUGGCGCGGGUUGUGAUGUCAGAACUUCCCCCUCCCCCAUACCCCUCCCCAAUAUGCAGCACUAACGGGCGACCAAUGUGACGGCAAAAAAACAAACGGUCAUCCAUCCAUACGUUCUCUAGAGCGCGUCUACUCGCCAGCCAGUCAUUGGCAAAAAUGACAUCACCGCGCCAAAGCUGAAAUGUUUUUAGAGUAGUCAUUGUGUUUCACAACAUCCAAAGGUUGGACUUUUUUUUGGUCCCCUGUCACAUGAUGUUUUAUUACCGUAUUUCCUCAAGUAGUGGGCUUUAUUUUUUUGAGGAAGGAGAGAUCUGUUGGAGAUAUUGUUGCAUCAUGACAUAAUUCUUCAUGGAUAUGCUAUUAAUUUGUUCUUCAAUUAGAAAUAAUGCAUACAGUUAUAACAUUAUCAAAUACAAUGAAACUGUUUUUGUGACACUUUUUCCCACAAUGCAUAUUGUUGGGGUGGGGGUGCAUAUAAGACACACAGAUGGAUAUACUGUAGUGGCGACUCUAACCCCCUUUGCUUCUCAGCAUGGCAAUUAAUAUUAGUCGUUCCUCACAGAGGAUAAAGACUAUAUGCCACUGAGUACAGUUACAUGAUCCGACUGCUGCAUUACCGCACAGAUUGUGCUCAGAUAGCCGUUGCGACUCCACUGCAUAGAUGCAUUGCUUUUGCAUGAAGAUAGUUCAUAGAUGCAUGAAUUGCUAUUACAUUUCCCUGUCGUGUUUUCCCCAUUUUAUACUAUUCAAAGCCAUGCGCUUGAUGUAGCAGUAAACAGCUUGAAACCUCUUUUUGAAGGAUAUUUCCAGCCUCAUUUUGUCAAAAACACAUCUUAUAUCCUUCAUGAUGAUGAUCAAUAAAGUAAAUGACAAGUCUUUGUGCAUUUUACUUGCAUAGCCUCCAAAAUUCGACCAAAGGUUUUUGGUUCCAAGCCACUGUUUGGGAACCCAUUCACAUGUCCGUUUUCCAUCGUGUUUUUCUUCAUUAGUGUGAGCCACAGUCUAUCCCAGCUGACUUUGAGCGAAAGAUUUGUUUGUUCUUUUUUUUUUUUAACUUUUAUUUUUUCCAUCAAAUUUGACCCAUGACAAAAAUUAGUUUGACACGUUGCUUAUUUUCUUUUGGUUUGAAUUUACCAUGAUGCGCCACGAGUUACGAAAGCAAACCCAAAUCAGCGUGUAAAACAGAAAUGUAGCACGAGGUGGAAAUAUGACUAGUAAAAUAGAGCUGUGAUUUAGUUGAGGGGGAGGCGUUCAUUUUAUUUGGUGGACAGUGCACCCGCGACAAAUCGAGACGGGAAGGGUACUGGAACGAAGGCCACUAUUUGAGGACAUACGUAUACAUCAGUCUUUACUGCAACAGUUUGGAGAUGUAAUCACGCUCAUUUUUCAUCAACACACACACACACACACACACACACACACACACACACACUGACCUCGUGUACGUGCAGUUGUGGUUCUCCGUGGUAGCGGCCGAUGCUGCCUUGUACUGUAUGUACAUGUGGAUCACAUCUCAGUGCGAGUAGCAUCACCAUUUCGGGAAAACAACAUCCAGAAUCUGUCUGCACUUUAUAUUUUUGUAGAUAAUAAAUAUUUAUUUUUUAUUUAUUACUGUUGAAUAAAUGACUGUGUCACUAUGAGAAUGUGUCACUUUUCCCCUGUCUUCCUUUUUCAGCCGAUGAACUGCCGACUGCCAAAAACAACACCGCCUUAGUUCCUCCCCCAGGUAUACACAUUAUUUCAAACGACAAAGAUAUACUUCCUUGACAUUGGUAAGCUACUUCAACGAAAUCAUGACUUUUCACACUCUUAGACUGAUGUCUUGCUUGGCCAGGCAACUGCAAACGGCAAAAACUGAGCACAAAUACAAUUAAAAUCACAGUUGCGUGAUAAAGCCUACCGGGAAUGUUUGACACCAAAACCUGAAAAGAACCACGGACUGAGAGACGUGAAUAUUAGUAAAACAGAAUACUGAUGAUGCUACUAAACCAGUUUCCCGAUCGCCGUUUAGCCAUUUGCAUGGCUGCUAGCAUCGACAUCCAUUGCACAUAUCACUUUAACAUAAAGAACAAAACAGACUUGCAACAAAUAUAGGGACUUUAUGGCAGUUUUUGACUGAAC